CUCCCUCUUCAUCUACAGCUCGCUGCAGCCUCUCGGUACUUUAUUGAGCGGUGAUUGAAUCCAGCUCGAUUUGUGCAGCGCCGCUUUAAAGGAGCCUUCUGAACUAAAUCACCGCUCACACUUCGCUCCGGCGUCUCUUUUUUUUUUGACCCACCUUCCUUGAAUAUCACCUCUUUGCCUUGGCUAGAACAUUGUGUCCUCUGUGGUGAAAAUGACUGCAAAGCAUCGAAGAGGGAAAGCCAACCACAAACAUGAAGAUAACUUUUUCAAAAAUGAAGUCACGGAGUCAGAAGUUCGCCCUGGAGUCAAUCACUACGCUCUCCACUUGGUUUUAUUCCUGCUGCUUGUAAUUGGCGGUGCCACGGGCUCAUGGUUCUGUUUCCAGCAGCACCAAACUUUAACCUACUUAACUGACAAUCUCAUGGGCAUGCAGAUGAAAAUAGUGAAACUACAGUCCUCCCAUGAAGAACUGCGACAGUCAAGUAACAAGCAGCACAUUACAGAUGUCCUGGAGAGCCGUCUGAAUGCCCUGGAGGAUUCUCAUUCACUGGCCCAGAAACAGGUGGGAAUGGCCUUGGCUGCAGCUGAACAGCUCAAGACCACUGAACUCCCCGCUCAGGUGCUGUCGCUCCACACAGAGAUGACAACGCGUCUGGCAGAGAUGCUGCAUGCUACCGCAUCUCUGGAGCAGCUGCAACAGCUACAGACCAAGCUGAACGGGAAGAGUGAGGAGAUUGCUGGUGUCAGGAUUCAGGUGGAGGGGCUGGCCGCUCUGAGCGAUGAGCUUUCUGAGAAGCAGCAAAUUACAGAGAUCUUGGAGAGCCGUAUAAAUGCCCUGGAGGAUUCUCAUUCAAUGGCCCAGAAAGAAGUGGGCAUGGCCCUGGCUACAGCUGAACAGCUCAAGACCACUGACCUCCCCACUCAGGUGAUGUCGCUCCACUCAGAGAUGACAAGACGCCUGGCGGACAUGCGGCACGCCACAGCCUCUCUGGAGCAGCUGAACCAGCUGCAGACCAUGCUGAAGGGGAAGAGCGAGGAGUUUGACGAUGUCAGGAUUCAGGUGGAGGGCCUGGCCGCUCAGAGCACCGAGCUUUUCAAGAAGGUUGAGGACUUGAUGGGGGGCAUGGGUGAAGCAGGAACCAAGCUGGAGAAAAGAGCUCGACAGGUGGCCAAGCUAAGCAGCACCCUGAAGGGACAGGCUGCCGAAGUGCUGAGACUGAAGGCGCAGCUGGACACCUAUCAAGCUCAGCUUGAAGCCAACACACUGGAGAUGGCUACUGUCAGAGAGUUGGUUGAGAGUGAACAGGCCCUGCGGCUCCAGCAGGCCGCUAUGCAGGAGCAGCUCAAUGCGGUGAAACAGACAGAGGAAGUGACAGCUCCCGCAGCUGAAGAAGAGACAGCUCCCGCAGCUGAAGAAGAAGAGGCAGCUCCUGUGGCUGAAGAAGAGGCAGCUCCCGCAGCUGAAGAAGAGGCAACCCCAGCAGCUGUAGAAGAAGAGGCGCUUCCUGCGGAUGUCGAACAAGAGGCAGAUGAAAGUGAAGGAGAGGCAGCUGCACAGGGUGAAGCUCCUGUCGAGCAGGAGGACUCUGUGAAGGAUGAAACCGCUCCUGCAGAGGAGGAAGAGGCAGUGAAGGAGGAUCAGACCGAGCAAGACGAGUCAGUUGCCUUAUCAGAAGAGACGGCAGAGGGGGUACAAAGUGAAGAAGAGCCUGAAGAGCAGAAGCAGGAAGCAGACGAAGAGGAGAGCCACAAAGCAGCAGAAGAGGAGGAGGAGGUGGUAGAAGAGGAGGCGGCAUCUGAAGGAGAGAACGAUCUGGAAGAGGAGGAAGUAUCGGAAGGAGAGGAAGAAGAGGAGGAUGAAGCUGAAGAGGAAACAGAUGAAGGACUGGAGCCAUUAGAAGAGGAUGAAUAGUUGACGCCACCAGAAAGGGACUUUUUUUUUCCACACCAGACACAUCCACUCUGUCUAAAAUCACCAUCUACAAUAUGACAAAUGCUGUAGGAAGACAUGAUUGAUUGCUGUUGUUUAGGUGCAGUUAUCAUGUUGUGGUCGCUCUUCUGACUGAAGUCUGCCUUUCAGUCAUGAUGCUGGAGUAAGAGCUGAACCUGUACCUCAAAAUAUGACAAGGCUGAAGUGCCAAUAACAACCUCAAAAGCCUUAAUCCAUAAAACUGUCUUUCUACAGAGCAAUUUACACUUUUCAAUAAUCUCACCUUUUUCAUCAAGGUUAGGUUCUGUACUAAACUGGAAAUUAAAAAGCCAAUAACAUAACAAGAAGCUGACGCAUAAGCUGUUUCUCAAUGCACUUGAAGCCAUAAGUAAUGCCUGUCUUGGUGACAUUUCAAUGUCUCUUUUUGUCACUGCCUGAAAUGUUUCGAGAGAUAUUCUAGAAGGAAAAAAUGUUUGCAGUAUCUUUAAGUUACAAUCUCAAAGAUCGCCUUUCUCUGAGUUUUCAUUGCCUGUAGUCAUUGCUCUUUUUGUUUUGUUUGUUCGGCCUUAGUUACUGUAAACUAUAGCCAAGACUGGAAAAAACAGUAAGCUGCUUCACACUUAAAUGAUUUGAAGAGUGAAUCUGUUGCGGUAGGUCCGACAAACAUAAUGUCGCCACAGACACCCAGGUUAUAGGUCAAAGACUGUUAAUGCAAGGGCUUUAUCAGCUUUAUCACCAUGAGAUUACCUCAUUCAGCCAAACAUAGACCUAACAAUCACUUUAAAUUAAAAUCUUUGAGAUCUUUACUACCCAGCUGUUUACACAGGCAGCAUGGCCAACUAAAGAGCAUGCGAGAAAGGAAGAAAAACAUCUUUUGAUAAGAUAAACAAGAAGAAUUCCUGAAUGUUUUUAAAGUAAACGACAAACUGUCGUUAGAUUUUUUUUUUUUUUUUACUUUUCUCUUGUCUUUUCACUUAAAACUGGAGCUUUGCUUUGAUUUCGCACUUUUGUACCUGAUUGCAAUUCUUCUCAGACUUACACUCCUGUAGUAAUGUAAGAUACAGUGGUCUUAAAGUCCUUUUUUACCAAGAACUGUUUCAGCAACACAAUUCUAAUGCUCAAACACUUUUUAUUUAAUAGUAAGCAAGAAGUCUUUAAUGGAUAUCGGCAGAUAUUCCAUGCAUUCUAGUCACGACUAAUAGUGUUUAGGAAAAAGCAGUUGUUUGUAACUAUCGGAAGAGCUCUUGGAAAACUGUCGCAGUGUUGAAUUGCAGCUAAGUCUUCCAUUUCCGUUGUGGCUUUCAAAUGCACACUGAAAGAAAGUUUCCCAACCAAGUAAUUUUGAUCCAAAAACGCUAAUCGGAUAUAAAUUGAUAAGAUAUUUAACUUAAAAGUACCUAAAAUUUACUGUUUAACCAGAAGUUUUGAAACAAACUUUACAGAAUUUUGUGUGGAGACAGACAGAUACACAGUGCAACAGCUUAGAAAACCGAGUCCAACAGUAGCUGAAAAAGCCCACAUGCAUCUACUUUAUGACGUAGUCAUGUCAGACUUGUAAGCUUUAUGUUGCACAGAAGAGAAGUUUCCCAGCAGGACUCUGACCCUUUACAUGCAUUGAAACUACACCAUGACUGUGAAAUCUGAAGGAGGAGCGAGGAAUGCUGGUGUUCACGGCUCCAUAGUCUGCAGUUCUUCACCGUGCUGUACAGGUCUGGGAACAUUAGAAUCAAAUAAAGGUCAAAUCAUCCGGUCACAACCCAAGACUGUUUCUCCAAUAUAAUGUGAAUGGUAAAAUAAUGCAGAAAAAUGUGCAAGCUGUGAUUAGGGCAAAUAAUACACAUAUCAGUUACUAAUAAUAUCAAAUAUAUUGUGAUAAAAUUACCUCUUUGGAGACAUGACAAAUGUUUGUUUAGUCAUGCUUCACAAAUGUGAUUAUAAGUUCUCGGUAGUAUAGUAAGACUUGUGCACCACUGUACAUUUUACUAGGACGUUUCACUUUUACAAAAUGCACUGUUUUUGCCAAUGUAUUGGUUACUACUUCUCACAUUGUUUAUAAAAUAAACCCUGGUUCUUUCACUUUUGUAUACUCAA